UGUUUGCUCAUUAGUGCUGCAUCCCCUGGUCUUAAAGUUAAAACAGUCAGUCGGUGCAUACUGGCACAUGAGAUACUCAGUCAAUACACUGCUGCUGGUACUGUCCUGCAAAUCUAAAAGCCAAGAUCUUCUCCAGUGGUUAGUGAUGAUUGGGAGAUGAUGGUGCUGUUGGAGCUCUGUGUGUUUGCAGCCGUGUUCAACUACAUCUCUGCCUCUACAGAGGUCUGCACCAACACCCUCCUACCUGGAGCUAAAGGAGACCAAGGUGAGAUUGGAGAGGAGGGAGAUCAGGGAAAACUGGGAAAGAAUGGACCAGCAGGACUUUCAGGAGUGUUAGGAGAGAAGGGGCUUAGAGGAGAGGUGGGCCACACAGGAAAGAUGGGGCCUGUUGGGGACAAAGGUAACAAAGGUGGUGCAGGUUUGGGCGGGCCCACUGGUCUAAAGGGGAAACCAGGCACAACAUGUGACUGUGGCAGGUACAGGAAGGUGGUUGGACAGCUGGAUGUCAACGUAGGCAAGCUGAGGAAUGCUGUCAAGUUUGUGAAAAAUGUUGUCUUGGGGCUGAAGGAAACAGAAGAGAGGUACUACCUGCUGGUGAAGGAGCCUAAGAGGUUCAGAGAGGCUUCAAUGAACUGCAAGUUGAGAGGAGGCACCCUAGCCAUGCCAAAAACUAGCAACACCAACCGUCUAAUGGCAGAAUAUGUUAGUCAGACGGGACUGACAAGAGUUUAUAUCGGAGUGCUGGCUCAAAGCAAGGACACAAAUGGAACAAGCACGCAUGUUUACGCAGACUCCAGCCCUCUGCAGGGGUUUGCAGCUUGGAGCCAAGAAGAGGAGCUCAACUCCAAAGUAUCUCCCACCACAAACUCAAGCUGUGUGGAGCUGCUCACAACUGGGGCUUGGAGUCAUGUGGAGUGUGAAGCCACUAUGUUUUUCAUCUGUGAGUUCCCAAAGAGCAGGAGAAGAGGAGGAGGAUGAAGAGGAGGGACACCUACUCCGGCAUCAUCAUGAGUCAAUGAGACAUUCAGACUUGCAUGCAAAAGAGAUAUAUGUAUACAUGUUUUGUAGAACUGGCAUCUAUAUAACCAUAAGCAUUAAAUUCCUAGUCCUUUCUACCUAAGAGUUUUAAUUUUAGUAGCAACUUACUCUUAUAGUCACUGUUGAUAAAUAUGCACAUUGAUUUCUUGAUAAAUUGAUUGAUCGUUUGAUUGAUAAAAAUGCACAUCACAAUUUCAUCAUAGUUUCCUCAAGACCAAGCUUAUGCCUUCAAAUGGCUUGUUUUGGAAUUGUUUUAUAACCAGCAAAUAUUAACAUUUGAUAAAGUAGAACUAUUUCAUUUUAACCGUUAUUGUUUCAGAAUAAUUUUCUGUUGAUACUCUGGAUGAUGCCGAAAAAGUAGGGGGGGAGCCAUGUGCAAAAAAAGACAGAUAAUUUAAUAUUCUCAUUAUAAGCACAAAUGCAAACAAUAGAGAAAAGCCUUUUGCUGGAUCAGCAACUAUUUAUUCCUCAGAGUAGCUGCUGAUCUAAGUCUUUUCUGUUUUCUUCCUGCCAUUAAUUGCCUGUAUAUUUGUACAUAUUGAGCACAUUAAACGUU